AUGCGUUGGGUAAAAGUUAUGAACGAAAACGCAUUGCGGGUGUACUAUAGGGUGAAAGGGGAAGAAACUGUGGGAAUAGCGUAUAGGGCUCGGAUGCAUUCCUUUUUUGCUGAGCUGGAGCCUUCUAUUCCCGUCACGGAACAAAACCUGGCAGACAGAGUUCGGUAUACCAUGCGCUCAAAAAUAUUUGAUGAUGCCGAACUCGAACGACUACGACGUGAGGCUAUUCCAUCAUCGAAUGAAUCGGCUAUGACUAGGGAUGCAGCUACACAUGCGACAGACCAGCAUCCACACGUGGAAGCCGCCAUGAAUCUUCCAGUUGUGGUUCCUCGAACUAGAGCAAAUGAGGAGCAUAUUAGAUGA